AUGGACCUUCACUUGAGAACAAGACAGUUUUCGGGCGAUUUCGUCCCUGUUUUCACAAAGAGUGAGACUAAUCCAAACCAAAUAGAGUUAUCCAAGUUCGAUGCAUCGUUUGACUUCAAAUCCGUCUCUCAAGAGCCUGAAUGUCUGUUUGAAACCGUAGGAAGACCUAUUUUGGACGACCGGCUGUUCAAAGGACAAGACUGCUUGCUUUUUACCUUAGGGCCAUCAAAUUCUGGUAAGACUCAUACUAUGUUCGAUCCAGAAACGGGCCUUGCCGUGAACUCUCUUCGGUAUGUGUUUGAUAGACUGUCUCAAUAUGGAGAUAUCAGCACCAAUCACAAAAAGCUGGCAGGUCUCAUGGGCAAUUUGUGGAACGGUAACACUUCUCAGCAGGGGCUUGUUGACUCUGAGUACGCAGUCACGUUAUCGAUGUUUGAAAUCUACAACGACAACAUCAAAGAUCUGCUUAUGAAUUCCACCACCAAAAAAACGAAAUCUUUCCUCGACAUCGUCACAGACCCUGUGGACCAGAAGCUGAAGCCUUAUAAUCUGUCUCAAUUCAUGGUGAGCGACUUCGAAAGCUCAAUCAGAACUUUGAACCGUGGGCUUUCGAAUAGGAAAACCUGCACUACCCAUAUCAACAGAGACUCCUCGAGAUCUCAUUGUUUUGUGUUUAUCAAUGUUGUUCGCAUUUCGGGCAGAAGUGUCAAUAGUUCCAGACUGACUCUCGCAGAUCUCGCUGGCCUGGAAAGAUCGAAGCUAUCUAUGACAAGCGGUCUGAAUUUGAGGGAAGGAGGCUUCACUAAUGCUUCACUUACGCAGCUUGGAAGAUGUUUGGAGCUUGUUGCGACUAAGCAAUUUAACAAGUCUCUGUUGCGCACCAAUAAAUUGACUCGUCUGCUUUUUCAUGACUACGUCAAGAGCAAAAGCUUGAUCUCCAUCAUUGUCAAUUUAGAUCCUGCUGGAGACGAGGGCCUGAUUCUUCAAACUUUGAGAUACGUUAAUCCAAUUCAAUAUCAGCAAAUCCCUAGACAUACUUCCUCUGCAGGCUCUCAGAUUAAAACCGUUGUUGAUAGUAAAGCUCAACAUGAGCUGCUAUGCCAAUUAGAUACCCUGAAACUAUACCAGCAGAAGCUGGAAACUAAAGUGGCUAAGCUCGAAGAAGAAGUCGUGCAAACGGAAGUUCGUAUUCGCCAGCAACUUUAUGAGGAGAAUGAGGCCAAAUUGAACCAAAUAGCUGUGGAACACAAAAAUGAGAUCUUCCAACUGAACCAGGAGCAUGAACUUGAGACAGAUUCUAAGCUCAAAGAACUGUCCCAAUGUUAUCAGGAAAAACUUGAUCGGGAGGUGAGCUUGAAGAAUGACGAAAUUCACAAGUCCAAGGCUUUGGUUGAGGAGCUCAAGAGUAAGUGCGAGCAGCUGAAGCAACUGAAUCAGCUUUUGGAAACCCAAAUGAAUGAAUUGAAGGAUCAGCAUGAUCAGAAAUUAAAGGAAGCUCAACAAGAGCUCCGCGUGUCUCUUGAAGACGUUGACAGAUUGCGCAAGGUGAUCCAAGAAGCAGAAGAGCAAGGUCGUAAGAUGGGUUGCGAGCUCGCCUUGAAGGAGUCUGAAAUAAGCGAAUUGAGGGAGAAUAAUACCAAGCUGCAACAAGAAAUAUCAAGCAGCUCGAUGGGAUUCAACCUCAAAUCCAAGAAGCUAGAGGAGGAGUUUCAAACAAAACUAGAAACCGAGCUUGAAGUGCGUGAAAAAGAGAUUCAAUCUCUGAAAAACCUGAUGCAGGAGAACUCCAAGAACCUCGCAUCUGAGCACGAGAAAGACACCCAGACUUUGAAGAGCCAACACGAUCAAACUAUCGAAUCUUUCAAGGAGAAGCACCAACAUGAGCUUGAGUCGCUGAAGGUCGAACAUGAGAAACAGAUGGCGCCUCUUCGUGAGCGCAUUGAGUCUCUGAUCAAGGAGCUAGACGCGAACAAUGUCAUGAUGUCUGAAUUCCAAAAUACGCAUGACAAGCAGAUCUCGGAGAUGAAUCACAGCACGGAGGAGAUGGCAAAAGAGUUGGAGUCCAAGGAAAGGGAGAUAGAAGAUCUAAAGAACAAGCUUGCGCAGGUGGAGACAAAAAGCAAGAACGAUAUCAGAAACCUGAGGUCACAACUGGAGUCCAUGAAGACCAAGAUGAAUGUGCUAGACUCCGUAGACCGGGCCAAGACACCGUCUCAGUCUCCAGUUAAAGCUCCAACCAAGUCUCCAUACCUAUUCCCCACCGAUCUUUACACGACGAAUAUGACCAUGCCGAUCUCCAUUUUCGAGGACCACUCUCCGCAAAGAGAGUCUUCAGUGCGCAAGUCGCCUGGACGCAAAAGGAAGAGCAAGAAGACAGAUAAGGGCGAGCACGGCCAAAAUCAGAGCCAAAGCCAGAACGAUGUUUUGAAGCCAACGAACAAGCUCGUCGAGACAGAGCCUCUGCGCAAGCACUCUUUAUCUCCAACCAAGUCGAGCCGCAAGAAGCUCCGCCGCGUCGAUCUCGAGGAGGACCUGGCUAUCAGCGAGUAG